AUGUCCAACCCCGACAACUGCGCGCUUGCCAAAGAUGGCACUCUCAAGGAUGCCAAUGACAUCGAAUUCUUUAAUUCACCUAGCAACAAACGCCCCAUCGGAUACAAGGGCUCUGAUAACGAUGCUGGCUCGGCUUCUUCUGGCUCUGAUCUUCCCACAGUUGUUCCCCUUCUUGAACGAGCGCUAAUCGUUAAAGGGAAGCACCACUCACGGAAGACAGAGAAGGUGAAGGGAAUGGAAGCAGACAAAUCAAUGGGUAAGGGAAAAGGUGAAGGAGCUGAGGUUCAUCCAUUCUUCAAGAAAGGUUCUAAAUCGUCAACAUUGGCGAAACCCACAACUGUACCCACACCUGUCGAAAAACAUGCGUGGACAGAUGACCAAAGGAUCAUAUGGUGGUAA